ACUUGAUUGAGGUUGGAGCAUGGGGACUGGGGAGGUUAGCCGGAGUUGUCCCUUGGUCGGAAACCCAGCCCCUUUGGCUGAGCGGAGCUUUGGUCGGGAGCCCAGCCCCUCCGUAGCCCAAGCGAUCGAAGCCUGUGUUCUGAACAUCUGAACAGUGGUGGUGAGAGGAGCCGAGGCCCCGGGAGACGGAGAAGGGACGGAAAAGUGAAGUUGGAAGGAGGUGUUCCACGUUCGCAGAAAGUUUGUUACUUUGUAUAACACUUAAAAGUACAAAGUAAGAAAAUUGAAGUCAAAGACCAUGGGAGAUGCAGUGAAACCUUAUUUUAUGAAGCGUGCUAAAGACCGAGGGAAUAUAGAUGAUGAAGAUUUCAGAAGGGGUCACCCCCAGCAAGAUUAUUUAACAAUGGAUGAUUAUGCUAAAGGCCACAGCAGUAAAAUGGAAAAAGGCCUUCCAAAAAAAAAAAUAUCACCAGGAAACUAUGGGAAUACCCCCAGAAAAGGACCAUAUGCUGUUUCCAGCAAUCCAUAUGCAUUUAAAAACCCAAUUUAUAGUCAACCUGCUUGGAUAAAUGACAACCACAAAGAUCAGAGUAAGAGAUGGCUAUCUGAUGAACUUGCUGGUAAUUCGGACAGUUGGAGAGAAUUCAAACCUGGACCUAGAAUUCCUAUUAUAAACCGACCAAGAAAAGACUUGUUUCAAGAAAGUGAAGAUGGAUAUAGGUGGCAAGAUGGAAGAGGCUGCAGAACUGUAAGACGAUUAUUUCAUAAAGAACUGACAAGCCUAGAAACCAUGUCAGAAAUGGAAACAGGAAGCCCUGAAAACAAGAAGCAGAGGUCCAGACCUAGGAAGCCACGGAGGACCAGAAAUGAGGAAAAUGAGCAGGACGGAGACCUGGAAGGCCCUGUGAUCGAUGAAUCUGCGCUUUCGACCAAGGAGCUCCUGGGCUUACAGCAGGCCGAGGAGCGGCUGAAGAGAGACUGCAUUGACAGGCUGAAAAGGAAGCCAAGAAACUACCCUACAGCAAAGUACACCUGCAAACUUUGUGAUGUUUUAAUUGAAUCCAUUGCAUUUGCCCAUAAGCAUAUCAAAGAGAAGAGGCACAAGAAAAAUAUUAAGGAGAAGCAGGAGGAAGAGUUGCUCACUACGUUACCCCCGCCUACACCCUCCCAGAUAAAUGCAGUUGGUAUUGCCAUUGAGAAAGUGGUGCAGGAGUUUGGCUUACACAAUGAGAACUUGGAACAGAGACUAGAAAUUAAACGUAUCAUGGAAAAUGUGUUCCAACACAAGUUACCAGAUUGUUCUCUGAGAUUAUAUGGGUCAUCCUGUAGCAAAUUGGGUUUCAAAAAUUCAGAUGUAAACAUUGACAUUCAGUUCCCAGCCAUUAUGUCUCAGCCGGAUGUUCUCUUACUUGUUCAAGAAUGCUUAAAGAACAGUGACUCUUUUCUUGAUGUUGAUGCGGAUUUCCAUGCGAGGGUGCCAGUGGUGGUGUGCAGAGAAAAGCACAGUGGUCUUCUUUGCAAAGUGAGUGCAGGAAAUGAAAAUGCUUGUCUCACAACGAAUCAUUUAACUGCCCUUGGAAAGCUAGAAUCAAGGCUGGUUCCUUUGGUGAUUGCAUUUAGGUACUGGGCAAAGCUUUGCAGUAUAGAUCGCCCUGAAGAAGGAGGUUUGCCACCUUAUGUGUUUGCUCUGAUGGCCGUUUUCUUUCUUCAACAGAGGAAGGAACCCCUUCUGCCUGUUUAUCUAGGAUCAUGGAUUGAAGGAUUCUCAUUAAACAAACUAGGAAACUUCAACCUUAAAGACAUUCAGAAAGACGUUGUGCUUUGGGAAUACAGUGAUAAUGCUGCAGAGGACACAGACACAGCAAAAGAAGAGGCACCAAAAGAAGUGCCCAUUAAAAGGGGACAGGUAUCAUUAACAUUCGAUUUAAAACACCAGCCUUCCGUACCAGUUGGGCAGCUCUGGGUGGAGUUGCUUCGAUUCUAUGCCUUAGAGUUUAAUUUGGCUGAUUUAGUGAUAAGCAUCCGUGUCAAAGAAUCAAUAUCUCGUGAAUCGAAGGAUUGGCCCAAAAAGCGCAUUGCCAUUGAAGAUCCAUACUCUGUUAAAAGAAAUGUGGCAAGGACCCUAAAUAAUCAACCCGUGUUUGAAUAUAUACUUCAUUGUUUAAGGACAACAUAUAAAUAUUUUGCUCUUCCACAUAAAAUUACAAAAUCCAGCCUUCCAAAGCCUCUGAGUACUGUUAUGUGUAUUUCCGAACAUUCUAAAGAAGUAGCAAAGCGUGAUCCAGCUGUGCAAGUAAAAGAUGAUAGGCUCAAAAACUCAAUUUUAGCUCAAGGUUCUGGUGCUGCCAGUUCAACUGCAAACACCUGCAAGGUACAGCCACUUACUCCUAAAGGGACUGCUGCGAGCUUUGAAAGCCCGCCAACAGAGGAGAUGGGAAAUGCACACAUCAGUGUCCAUCUGGAAAACUCAGAUUGUAUCAAGGCAGAGGUCGGUUGUGAUGAUUAUGAAGAUAUUAAAGUACACCAUCAAGAAACAGGAGGUAAAACUGGGAAAGAAAAAAUUAAAAGGGAGAGCAAGAAGCAUCUUCUGACUGCCACCAUUCAAGCUUUAAGCAGUAGCAAACAUGGAGAGCUUGUCAUGUGUGGCAGCACACAAAAUGAUGACACAGACAGCACUUUGGAUUUAGAAGGCUUCCAAAAUCCUACAGCUAAAGAGUGUGAUGGAUAUGCUACUUUAGAUGGCAAGGCUGAUGUUGAUGAAGAAAGCAUGGAAGGUACUGAUGAACUCGAAGACACGCUAAGCCACUUUGCCCCUUCAAGACAGGGCAGGACGUCAGGAAUCAUUCACUCCGAUGAAGAGGAGGAGGAGGAAGAAGAGGAGGAGGAGGAUGAAGAACCCAGGCUCUCUGUUACCCGAAGGGAAGAUGAGGAUGAUAUUGCUAAUGAAGAUGAGUUAGACAAUAUCUACACUGGAUCAGGGGAUGAAGAUGCCUUGUCUGAAGAGGAUGAGGAAUUAGGCAGGUCUGCUAAGUAUGAGGACUUGAAACAAAGUGGAAAACAUGUAGAUGGAGCUCUACUAAUGGAACUUAAUAAAAUCAGUCUUAAAGAAGAAAACGUACAUGAGGAAAAUUCAGCUGUGGAUCAGUCUGAUUUCUUCUAUGAAUUUAGUAAACUCACCUUCACCAAAGGCAAGUCUCCUAUGGUAGUAUGCAGUUUAUGCAAACGAGAGGGUCAUCUAAAGAAGGACUGUCCCGAAGACUUCAAAAGAAUCCAGCUGGAACCUUUGCCACCAUUAACACCCAAAUUUUCAAAUAUCUUAGAUCAAGUUUGCAUCCAGUGUUAUAAGGAUUUUUCUCCAACUAUUUUAGAAGAUCAGGCUCGUGAACAUAUUCGGCAAAACCUAGAAAGUUUCAUAAGACAGGAGUUUCCAGGAACUAAAUUGAGCUUGUUUGGCUCCUCCAAAAAUGGAUUUGGGUUCAAACAGAGUGACCUUGACGUCUGUAUGACAAUUAAUGGACUUGAAACUGCUGAGGGAUUGGACUGUGUACGAACUAUUGAAGAAUUGGCAAGAGUCCUCAAAAAACAUUCAGGUCUGAGAAACAUCUUGCCUAUUACCACAGCAAAGGUGCCAAUUGUAAAGUUCUUCCAUUUGAGAAGUGGGCUGGAAGUGGACAUCAGUUUGUAUAACACAUUGGCCCUUCAUAACACAAGGCUCUUAUCUGCUUAUUCAGCCAUUGAUCCCAGAGUGAAAUAUUUGUGCUAUACCAUGAAAGUAUUUACAAAGAUGUGCGACAUUGGUGACGCGUCAAGAGGCAGCUUGUCGUCCUAUGCAUACACGCUUAUGGUGCUCUAUUUCCUCCAGCAGAGGAACCCGCCAGUCAUUCCUGUCCUUCAGGAGAUAUACAGAGGUGAAAAGAAACCUGAAAUAUUUGUUGAUGGCUGGAAUAUUUAUUUUUUUGAUCAAAUAGAUGAACUGCCUUCCUAUUGGCCAGAAUAUGGAAAAAAUACAGAAUCUGUUGGGCAGCUAUGGUUGGGUCUUCUUCGUUUCUACACGGAGGAAUUUGAUUUUAAAGAACAUGUUAUUAGCAUCAGGAGAAAAAGUCUGCUUACAACUUUUAAGAAACAGUGGACUUCAAAAUACAUUGUGAUUGAAGAUCCUUUUGAUUUGAAUCAUAAUCUUGGAGCUGGAUUAUCAAGGAAAAUGACAAAUUUUAUAAUGAAAGCAUUUAUUAAUGGUAGAAGAGUAUUCGGUAUUCCAGUCAAAGGAUUUCCAAAGGACUGCCCCUCAAAAAUGGAGUACUUUUUUGAUCCAGAUGUGCUAACUGAAGGAGAGCUGGCCCCAAAUGAUAGAUGUUGCCGAAUUUGUGGGAAAAUUGGACACUUCAUGAAGGAUUGUCCUAUGAGGAGAAAAGUGAGGCGACGGCGAGAUCAGGAUGAUACCCCGAACCAAAGAUACCCUGAGAACAAAGAGAAAAGAAGCAAAGAGGACAAGGAAAUUCAGAACAAGUACACAGAGAGGGAGGCAUCAACAAAGGAAGAUAAACCCGCACAGUGCACCCCUCAGAAAGCCAAGCCAGUGACGGCAGCCGGCGACCUGGGGAGAGAGAGACUUCUCAGGCCACCGGUGGAGAAAUGGAAGAGGCAGGACGACAAAGACUUAAGAGAAAAGCGCUGUUUUAUUUGUGGAAGAGAAGGGCACAUUAAAAAGGAAUGCCCACAGUUUAAAGGCUCUGCAGGUUUGUCUAAAUCAGAUUGUGUGUUUGGAUCCCCUUCGUCAGCUAGCCCUUUGAGACCAGCUGGCACGUUUGUCCAGGCAGUGCUUUUACAUGAAGACAAAAAGAAACAAAAAACAACUGUAUUUUUGAGUCCCCAGUCAGGUAGCCUUUCCAGUAAAUAUAUGACUCAGGGAAAAGCCUCAGCGAAGAGGACCCAGCAGGAAUCAUGAGGGAAGGAAAUGCAGCACUCUCAGUGGCCACUCGGGCGUGCCUGUUCACUUUGAAAAUUAGGUUCAUUUCACAGGACACAGCAGCGUAGAUCAGGCUUCAACUUAAUAUUUAAGGGAAAUGUCAGAUUUUUUUAACUUAAUGAAAUUGUUAAUGAGGAAAAAAAAUUUUAAUAUAAUCUUACCUACCACAAAUCCCCAUAGAUUCAAGGAUUUUAAUGGAAAGCCAUGACGUAUGUAUUUAAGCCAGGUUUAAAAAAAAAAGUUAACUAUGGGCCAGUGUUUACUGAAUACAAUUUCAUGGUUUUUAAUUCUUUCAAAGCACACUGAGAAUGGUGUGCUGAUAAACCCCAAGUGAAUUAACCCUUUUUUCCCCUAUAAAUCCCUUUUGUUUUGAAGAGGGGAAAUUAUAUUUAUUGUUGUUUACUGAAUCCUUGUGUGAAAGCGUAUCAAAUAUGUGUGAACUGCUACUACUGUAUUUACAAUUUACAAACUUUAUUUUAUUGAUAUUUGUAGAAGUGAUAACGAACAUGAGUACCUAUUUAUGUGAGCCUUCCAUGGAUGAGCAGUGCCACUGAGGGGCUUGUGUUUUUCCCUCUCUAAUUUUAAGUGAGUUGACAUAUAAGUACUAUGCUCAUAAAAAUGAAGUAAGGAAAACAAGUAGUCCUGUUUGCUGCUAAAAACAUUUUCAAAGGAAAAAUGACAAAAUAAAAGUGCUUUUUACUUUUUAUGAUAUUCAAUUAGGGUGGAGAACUUUUAAACAUCCCUGAAGAUUAAAGAGGCUAUCUCUGCCAAUCACGAGUUUGGUUGGCGUCAUUUUGAGUCUGACUGGAGCCCUCAUGGAAUUGUUUCUCUGACGUCACAAGCCCUUCAGAAGUAGUACAUGGUCAGAACUAUGCCUUGGUUUAUUUAUCAUUUUGAAAUAAAAUCAAAAUUUCAAUCUGUAA